AUGUUAGUAACAACGAAACGUUGCCUUCCAGCUAUGCCGCCUCCGCAUGCUCUUCCUUGCGGGCCCACGUGUGGCUCCUACUGCGCCCCGCACUGCAGACAUCGUAUUCGUAUGGAGACGCACUACCCGCCGAACCACGUGGUGCCGCCGCCGCCACAUCACUACCCGCCGCCGCCGCCGCACCAUUACCCGCAUCAUCCACCGCCGUACCAACCCCCACCCCAUCACCCACCACCACCCCAUCAUCCACCACCACCACCGCACCACUAUCCGUACCACGGAGUCCCACCAAAUGCGCUCCGCUAA